AUGGUUGAGAUUAUCAAAUACAAAGGAUUCGAUCAUAUUUGGCAAUACUCUGGACCAUGGUUGUAUUACUUACUAGCGGCUUACAUCAGUCUCCCCAUAUUGGCAUAUAAGUUAUUGCCAUACUUUUUCCAUAGUAGGAGGGCAUCAACUCGAAAGAGUGUUUUAAUAUUAGUAUUGGGAGAUUUGGGCCACUCGCCGAGGAUGUGUUAUCAUGCAUUAUCAUUUAGCAAGAUCGGGUACGAUGUCAGUCUUUGUGGAUACAUUGAAACACGACCACCAGAAGAAGUUGUCGAUGAUUUGAAUAUCGACAUUGUACCCAUUGGCGUUGUUCAUAAUGUUCACAGCUUACCAUUUGUAAUAUUUGCAAUUCAAAAAAUUUUCACGCAAUUGAAGCAAUUGGUCAAGAUACUUUGGGACAAAGGAGCUGGAAUUGAUGUGGUGAUGAUACAGAAUCCGCCAAGUAUACCCAUUUUGCUCAUCGUUUUACUAUUCAAACUAUUCAUUCAUAGACAAUGGAAGGUUGUUAUUGAUUGGCAUAAUUUAAACUACACGAUAUUGAAUCUUAGGUUUCAAAACAUUAACCAUCCAUUGGUGAGAUUGAUGAAGUUUUACGAAAGCUUUUUAGGAAGAUUUGCCGAUUUAAACAUUACGGUAACGAAGCAAAUGAAAAAGUUUUUAAUCAACGAUUUUGGCUUUGACAAGUCGAAGGUGACUACAUUUUAUGACCGACCAGGAAUGCAAUUCAAGCCAGCAGAAAAUAAACAACCCAGAAAGGAGCACGAAAUUUUCCAGGAUGUCAAGAAUAUUGAACAAUAUAGGAUACUAAUUAGCUCCACAUCAUUUACCCCUGAUGAGGACUUUGAUGUUUUGCUCGAUGCAUUGGAACUAUACGACAAACUGGACAAAUCGACUACACCACCUAUCUUGCUCAUUGUUACGGGAAAAGGUCCCUUGAAGGAAAAAUUUGUUCAACGCGUGAUUGAACUCGAUUAUUCACCAAAAGUUAUUGUGAAAACAGCAUGGUUAACCUCUGAGGAUUAUCCCAUAAUCUUGGCACAAGCUGAUUUGGGGAUAUCUUUGCACACAUCUUCGAGUGGGAUUGAUCUCCCCAUGAAGAUUGUUGACUUUUUUGGCUGUGGGGUGCCGGUGAUAUCGCUAAGUUUUCCCGCAAUAAAUGAGUUAGUUAAAGAAGGUAACAAUGGACUCAUAGCGGAGGAUUCUACAGCUGAAAAUAUAGACAAACUAUUGGAAAAAGUAUUUACCGAUGAAACUUUACUAUCACGGUUGAAGGAAGGUGCCUUGCUAGAAAGUAAGUCCAGAUGGGACGAAAACUGGAUGUCUGUUCUAAGGUCCAGAUUCGUAAAUGAGUAG